GACUUCAGCGUAGGAUUCAUCCCACCACGUUCUCCGUCUCAGACAAGCAGAAAUCAUCUCUCUCUCAACAUGGUGGCCACAUCUCCUUCCUUUACGUCACCGUUUCAAUUUGCUUUUAAGUGGAAAAUGCCCCAACAGAACUCUCAUACUUGUUAUAUCACACGCAAAACUAUACAAGAACAUGGGAACUACUCGCAAGUGGUUCAGAACAAUCCGAAGAAAGUUAGUCGGAUCAUCCAACAGAGAUAUCGUCGUCGUCCAAACCAACACCACCCCGAGCACUCACGAUGAAUCAGCCCGGUACGAAAAAAUCGACCGCAUUGCUUCGUCAUCAUCGUCGUUCGUUGCUUCGUCACCUUCGGCAUUCGAAAGGAGAAUUUUCACCAAGGAAGACAUUGCAGCCAUCAGACUCCAAGCCUUUUUCAGGGGACACCUUGCCAGGCAAGCGUUUCGAGCACUGAGGAGCCUUGUGAAGCUGCAGGCGUUGGUUCGUGGGGUGUGUGUGCGGAAACAGGCGCGUAUAGCUCUGUAUUGCAUGCACUCGAUGGUCCGGUUGCAGGUCAAGGUUCGUGCACGGCAGCUCCUCAGCGGGGUCUACUGACGGCAGAUCCGUCGCAAGUUAACCAGUGUUUGCUGAACAAGUCUAGUGAUGUAUGGUUUUAAGAAUUUGUAACAACGAUUUGGUAAGUGAAUUUCCUAGUAAAUGGAUGUGUAAUUUUAAGUUCAAACUCUCCGGCUAACCGGAAAGAUAAUUCGCCCGGAAAGUUCCUGCAGUUCAAUGUCAAUAAAUAAUAUUUCAAUGUCAAACAAAAAAUAUAAUACCAUACCAUAUGGGUAGUUAACAUUAUCUGUCAAUGACAGGCUCAUUAAUAUUUACUGUUAACCAGCCGGCCGGACUGAACCAGUAGAUGCAAAUUCAAGUCUCUGAAGAGAAGACCACUAGGAAAACACAACAAACAAACUACAAUAGAACAACUGUGUGAUUGGAAAAAUCUGUACAAUGCAAAAAGUAUGUGCAAUGAAAAUGGUCAUGUGCAAGAUCAGAUUUCUCUCAUCAACUGUUCUCUUCUCAGUGAUUG